AUGGCUGGAAUCACUGAUCUUCCCCAAGAGCUGGUCGACUCAAUCAUCCCCCUUCCAUACAAGCCCACAGCAGCUAACAUUCGGAUCGCCUCUCUCGCUCCAGACAACAGCGAGGACUUCACGUUCUUCGAGAGACGUCGUGCGCUUCUCAGCCUUGGAAGCACCUGUCGAUCACUCCACCGGAUGUUACGGGACGAUCUUUACGGAGUUGUUUUCAUCACUGGCCAAAACAAGUUCCAGAAGAUGCUCAAGCUACUUCGAGCCAUUGACAAAGACUCAGAACUUCAGGUUUUCGGGAUAACCACACAGCUCUGCAUCUGCCCCAACAACUCUGAUGAUGACGAUACUGAAAAGAGCUACCGGAGCCUCCGACCCAAGGAUAUCGAAUACCUGAAGAGCGCUACGCGCAAGGCUGGUUUCACGACGGUGGAAAAGUUCUGGGAUACAUCGAAACACGAGUACCCUGGUGAAUACCACGGCCCGUUGAAGGGAAAGUUGUUUGGACACGAUCACAGACUGGGGCUGAUAUCCCAGAUUAUACUAUCACGCCUUCCAAAAAUCGAAGGGAUCGAGAUUCCUAUGUCGAUGCUCACCAUGCAUUACCCUGCACCCAAGAAACUCCAGGCUGUGCGACACAGCAUUCGAUCAUUGGCUCUCACAGAAACUGCACAAUCCGGACCGCGUCUAGAACACGUUUCUAAGGAACUUGGUUUGUUCUACAAGUUCCGCCUCGGAAUCAAGGAACUUUGUUACGAGAAUAGCUGCUUCGGCAUCGAGGAGGCACUAUUUUCUUUUACCAUGAUCACCCGCCUCGUGCUUCAUUGCUGCAAGUUUCAGCAGACCGAAGUCCUCGAACCCGUGUUUAAAAAGCUCAAGCACUUGGAAACACUCGUCUACACUUCCGACGGGAAACGCGCGGCGCCGGAGACUGUCGUUGGGUAUCUUAUUCGGCAUCGAUCAGCGACACUGAGGACUCUUGUCAUCGAGUGUCCACUCACCAGUUACGAACAUUUAGAACCGGUCAAAUCGUUCGAAGGUCUCUCGGUACUUUCAGACUUAUGGAUUCGCGGUUCAAAUGUCGUCUGUUCCGACGCCAGAAAGAAAGGACAGGCGGGCGUGAGAUCCCUGCCGAGGACCCUUCGUCGGCUUCACAUCAAGGGUAUCACAGCCGCUCUUAUGCGGGACGCAGAGUGGUUGAGGAAUGAGAUCGGAGCUCGGCUUUUUCCAGUUAUGAUGGAAGUGGCUAUGGAAUAUGACGAGCCGGUUCCUGGAAGCGAGAAGGCGGGGAGGCCUGGGCUUUUGUACAAGACCAAAGCUGACCCCUAUCCGUGGAUGUGGGACACGUCCACUGGCCUGAAAGAAGUACUACUGCCACAUAACGAAUCUUUCAUUUCGGGCUGA